UCAGAACAUAGUACGGCCGCGGAGUAAUAAUAUAAAUUCGUUUGCUUGUUUAGUGUUUACACAUUACUGCAAAGUUUAAAUCAGUACAGUUAAAUUCUCUGAUUUUAUUUUAAAAUGAGCCGCCGCAAACGUGCAAGGGUUGAAACCCGCGAAUUAGAUGAAAAAUUAAAACAAGAUGAUUCGGAAUCUGAUCAAUCUGAGAAAAGUAAGAUUGCGUCUUCAAGCCCAAAAACAGUCUCAGGUCGAAGAGAGUCUUCUUCCAGUCGCAAUGAAACGAAGAAAGAUGAUAAACUUAUUAUAACACAGGAAGCAAAGAGCGAAGAUAUUGAAGAAGUUAACUAUAAGGAAAUGCUUAAUAGUUUGGAAGGAGCUGCCUUUCAGUCAAGGCUUCCAUUUGAUAAAAUGUCAUCACUAGAAGCAGAAUGUUUCUCAGACUUGCAAGGCGCAUCUGCUCAAGCUUUCAUACAAAUAAGGAACCGAGUUUUGAAACUUUGGUUUGGAGAUCCUAAGAAACAACUCACACAAGAGAUUGCUAUUCAAAAGAUGGAGCCACCUUAUAACGUUGAUCCUGUGCUUGUCUUAAGAACGCAUGCCUUUCUGGAGAGACAUGGUUUCAUUAACUAUGGUAUUUAUGAACGGGUCACUCCUAUACCAUCUCCGCCCAAAGGGAAACAGCGUCCUAAAGUUGUCAUUAUUGGAGCAGGUGUUUCGGGGUUGGCAGCAGGUCGUCAGCUACAGUCGUUUGGGUGUGAAGUUGUUAUCUUAGAAGGGAGGGAACGUGUUGGUGGACGCAUAGUGACAUAUCGGAAAGGGCCAUAUGUCGCUGAUCUUGGUGCUAUGGUAGUGACGGGUCUCGGUGGCAAUCCUGUGACCACACUUUCAGUACAGAUGAACAUGGAACUUCAUAAGAUUAAGCAAAAGUGUCCGUUGUAUGAAGCUACGGGAAAUCAAGUGCCUAAACAUAAGGACGAAAUGGUGGAGCGCGAGUUCAAUCGCUUAUUAGACGCGACCUCGUAUCUCUCGCACCAAGUGGACUUCAAUUACUUCGACGACACCCCGGUCUCGUUGGGGCAGGCGCUCGAGUGGGUCAUUAAGUUGCAACAGAAGAAUGUCAAACAUAAACAGAUACAACAUCUCAAGGCAUUCAUAACUUUGCAAGAGAAACUCAAGAAUAACAUAAACAAAAUGUCAGACAUAAGAGAGCUCCUUAAAUCUAUGAAAGCGGAAAAAGAAGCGUUGCUAGCGGAAGAUAAAGCCACUUCCGAAGAUGCUGGUAUAUUACACGAGUUUAACUUGCGAAGACUUAACCGCGAGUUAAAUAAACUGUGCAAUGAGUAUGAGGCAAUGGUUAAACAAAACGCAAGUAUUGAUGAUAAGUUGGCGCAGUUGGAAACGAAUCCGCCCAGCUCCGUAUACCUGUCGGUACGUGAUCGUCAGAUAUUGGACUGGCAUUUUGCAAAUUUGGAGUUCGCCAAUGCCACGCCCCUCGCCAACCUGUCGCUGAAGCAUUGGGACCAGGACGACGACUUCGAGUUCACCGGCAACCACUUAACAGUUCGCAACGGAUACUCAUGUGUUCCGGUGGCCCUGGCCGAGGGCUUGGAUAUAAGGCUUGGUACUUCCAUCACUGAGAUUUCGUAUGGAGGGCCUGGAGUCUCCGUGAAGGCAGCUAAUCCGAGAGUACCAGGGCAGACUCAAACGUUUAAGGGUGAUGUACUACUAUGCACUUUGCCGCUCGGCGUUCUCAAAGUGGCUGUGGCUAGCAAUGGACAAAAUCAGCAGAACUUUGUCCAGUUCGACCCACCGUUGCCUGAUUGGAAGGUGUCAGCUAUCAAGCGUCUGGGAUACGGAAACUUGAACAAAGUUGUUUUGUGCUUCGAACGCAUUUUCUGGGACCCCAGCGCCAAUCUCUUCGGUCAUGUGGGAACUACUACUGCAAGCAGAGGUGAGUUAUUCCUCUUCUGGAACCUGUACAGCGCUCCGGUGUUGCUAGCGCUUGUCGCCGGUGAGGCAGCUGCGGUGAUGGAGAACGUCACUGAUGACGUCAUCGUUGGGCGCUGCAUUGCUGUGCUGAAGAGCAUCUUUGGUCACGCUGCUGUACCACAGCCCAAGGAAUGUGUGGUUACUAGAUGGCGAGCAGAUCCAUUUGCACGCGGCUCCUACAGUUUCGUAGCCGUGGGUUCGUCAGGCGCUGACUAUGACUUGUUAGCGGCACCCGUGCCUGACUCAUCUGGUGAGAACAGAUUGUUCUUUGCCGGUGAACAUACAAUGCGUAAUUACCCAGCGACGGUUCACGGGGCAUUUCUAUCGGGACUACGCGAGGCAGGUCGACUUGCUGAUCUACUGGUUCCUCUUCCACCUGUCACAAACGCCACUGUGGCAAAUGCUACGGCUAAUAGUCAUUGAUUAUACCGAAAGCAUUCAUAUGUAUUUUAAGUAAGUUUUUAAUUUAGUUGUUAUUUGACCCAGUGACGUGAAGAUUUCAUUUUUACUUGUAGUUUCAGUAUAAAAACUAUUAUGACAUCUAGCUUUCACAUAUUGCUAACGAAAUUUUUGCAAAUUGUUAAUUGACAAAAUAAAAUUGACAAAAAAAAAUAAACAAAUUGACAAAUAAUUAUAAAAUUAUUUGCAUGUGUUCAUGAUAUUUUUUAAGCAACCUUUGUAUGAGCAAAUAGGAUAAAAGUGUGCAUGUCAAUUAUUAAAGUAUUUCAAUUUGUUCACAUAAGUUGACAAUUCGGCGAAAAGCCUAAGUUUUGA